AUGGCUUCCAACUCUUCUCGCAAUGAACACCCUUACGACAACAGACUCAGGUACUGGAAGAAUGAGUCUUCCAUCGCACCUCAUGAGCUCUCCGAUGCUCUGAUGAUAGAGUGGUUUAGCCUGCCUUACAGUGUCGAGACCGAGAAGUACCACAAUCCCCCUUUGCGGAAAGCGAUGCGGGGUGCAACCCCGAAGCUCCAGUGCUACAUCCCUAACCACUUGCGCGAGCUCGUGCGCUUCGUAGUCAGGAUCCUGGCAUUAUAUCAACACCUCGCAGCCCGUGUCCCUUGGAUCGACAUGCGGGCGAAAGCCAGUGCCAACAACCAGCCCACCCUCGCUGCAUGGGUGCACCAGAUGUACUCUGGUUUGCGGCUCAAUGCCUACGUUGCCCAGCAGGUGCUCGGGGGUGUCGUCGACAAGGUCAAGGCAAUCACCAUCGCAGAAGGUCUCCGCGAUUCCA